UUCAUUACUUCCGGUCCCCACCGUAUUCAUCCGUGACGGAGCGACUGUGUGGCUCACACGGUGCAGCCUCUAGGAGCUCCGUACAAUGGAAAACACUACAGUUUUGCUGGAGUCCAAGUCUCUGCCCAUCAACCUCCUAAAGGAAAUGCACCAAUUCCGGCUGCUGGGCCACUUCUGCGAUAUAACGGUUAGAGUGGAGCAUCAGGGGACCACAGAGGACUUCAUUGCCCACAAAACUGUCUUGGCAGCCUCCAGCAAAUAUUUCAAGGAGGUCCUUACUAGCGACAGGCUCUUGGGUUGUCAUUCCGUCUUGCUAAAUGACAUCUCGGCUGCAGAUUUUGCCUGGUUUCUAGAAUUUGUCUAUACAGCCAAGCUGGAAGUGGAAGAAGACAAAGUCCAGAGGGUUAGUGACAUAGCGGAAAAACUCAAAUGCUUUGACCUGGCCAAGGCCUGCGGUCAACAUAAUAAGCAGAUGCUGGAAGAAUCGGUUUGGUUGGACCUGCAGAAUAUUGCAGAAUCACACGAUGUGGAGGACGACAUGCAAGAACUGCAUAUAAAUUCUCUUACAGACAUUCAUUCUUCUGGAGUAGAGGAUGUCCAAGCUACAGACACCACCAACGCUUUUCCUAAUGGCCAAGACAGCAAAGUCAGAGACGAGCCUUGUUUGGAUGCCUCCUCAACCAUUGUGGUGGAGGAGUAUGUGGAAAACAAGAAGGCGCCAUCAAAGCAUUCGAACUCCAAAUCCCGAAGGUCGAGCGGGCGCAUAGCCGGGAGGAAAGCUGUGGUUGAAAUUCCUAAGAAGAAAUACACAAGGCGACUUCGGGAGCAGCAAGACGGUGAAGACGUGGACUCUUUGCUGAACGGCAUUGAGAGAGAACAAGUUCCAUGCAACGAGGAGCUCAUGGGUGAGCAGACUGAGGACAGCAUAAAAGCUGAAGAUGAGGACGACAGUCCAUGCGAGUUAGCGGAUAGCGGAAAACCCUCCAAUGAUGAUGAUAAUAAUAAUCGAGCUCCUGAUAAAUAUGUUGUAUGUUCUAUCUGCAGAGAGAACUUUGAAGACGAGAAAACUUACUUGAAACACUCAAAGCAGCAUCACGAGACUUCUGAGGAGAUCUACCAGUGCGAUAUUUGCAACCAGAACUUUGCAAAUAAGUGCAACCUAAAAAGCCACCAGCGCCACGUGCACAGCAACGAGCGUCAGUUUCCGUGUGAGCUCUGCGGCAAAAAGUUUAAGAGGAAAAAGGACAUCAAGAGACACAUUUUGCAAGUCCACGAGGGUGGCGGUGAGAGGCACUUCUGCCAAGUUUGUGGGAAAGGUUUAAGCUCCAAGACGGCUUUGAGACUUCAUGAAAGAACGCACACUGGGGACAAACCCUUUAAAUGUUCGUUGUGCAGUGCCAGAUUUUCCCAGACUUCUGCACUGAAAACGCACAUGAGAAUUCACACUGGAGAAAAGCCAUUUGCCUGUGAGGAGUGUGGAGCCAGAUUUACCCAGAACCACAUGCUCAUUUAUCACAAACGCUGCCACACAGGGGAGAGGCCGUUUAUGUGUGAAACGUGUGGGAAAAGCUUUGCCUCAAAAGAAUAUUUAAAACAUCAUAACCGUAUUCACACUGGAGCCAAACCCUUCAAAUGUGACAUCUGUUUUCGAACAUUCGCUCAGAGGAAUUCUCUCUACCAGCACAUUAAAGUUCACACUGGAGAACGCCCGUAUUGCUGCAAUCAAUGUGGAAAGCAGUUCACGCAGCUAAACGCACUACAGAGGCAUAAUCGCAUUCACACCGGAGAGAAACCUUUUAUGUGCAUAGCUUGUCAGCGGACGUUCACUGAUAAAUCCACUCUGCGGAGACACACCUCGAUCCAUGAUAAAAACAUGCCCUGGAAGUCCUUCCUUGUCGUUCUGGAUCCAAAAGUUGAAGAUGGGCAGAAAUCAGAGCUUACUGAAGAGGACAGCGAAGAUUCAUCUAAACCUGCAGAAAAACUGACUUACACAGAGAAUGGUCACUACCAGAACCUGACUGUCGUGCCAGGAACCGUAGACUUAUUGCACGAAAACAAUGCUACCUCCAUCCUUAGCUGCAAGGCCGACUGCACAAUUAUACCUCAGGAAGUGUAUAUAGCAACCACGCUGAGCCACCUGACUGUCCUCCACACGCAGUCUGAAUCUAUGCCAGCUAUGGUCAAUAUGGAAUAAUAGUUUCUGUGUGGGCAGGACUAGCUGACAGAACAAUUCCAGUACCAGUCUUACCGGCUUGUGGAAGAUUGUGCCAUUUCUCUGCAUGCAGACUGUUUCAGAAAUGUCCUUUUCCAUAAUGAAAUUUCAUCAACAAUAAACUUCUCU